AACUGGAGCUGGUGAAACAGUAGGGGAAACACGCAGUCAGGCUGGUGGUCUUGCUCUUACAGACCCAGGGACUUUCACGGAUUUCAUCAAGAUCACUUGGAGAGAGAGGAGCACACGGUCGUUUUAUCGACCAAUCCAUUAUUUAAACUAAGGCUGGCAUUGUUUCUGACCCAAAGACUCAGGAGAAAAGAACAGGUGAUGACCUGGAUGGUGCCAUGUGAAUGACUCAAGACCAUGAAGCCCACACACAAGCUGCUGUUCGUCCUGUGCCCCAUGCUGGUCCUGGGUUUUAUUUAUUACUCCUCUGGGAAGCUACAUCUACACGUAUGGGGCCAGAAGCCUCAGAGUGAUGCAGAAGAGACAACUGUAGUCCUGACUAAAAAGGCUGAAGUGAAAAGAAUUACAGAGGUGGAACCAGAAAUCAGCGUGGGACGAAUAGUAGGCUCAGUGUAUGAUAAGCAGGGCUUUCUGCUGCAGUUGGACACAAAACUUCCACUGGAGUUGGCAUACAAGUAUGGCAACCUCACCGAAGGAGUGUGCAAGCCAGGAUAUGCAGCAGCCAAGAUGACAACCAUCUAUCCUAAGUUCAUGAAACCAGCGCCCAUGUUUCUUGAUCGGAACUUCAAACGUCUAGCAAAAGUCAGCAAUUACUUGCCUCCAUUUGGUUUUAAAACACAAGAAAGAAUCAUAGACAGCAUUUUAACUGCCACGAAAAAUUAUGGACUUGGAGAGGCGCUGGACAGUCUCAGCUGUAAAAGAUGCAUCAUCGUGGGCAACGGGGGCAUCCUGUUCAACAAGUCUCUGGGGUCCCGCAUAGAUGAGUACGAUAUUGUAGUGAGGUUGAAUUCGGCACCAGUAAGUGGUUAUGACAGAGACGUAGGGACCAAAACCACCAUGAGGAUUACCUAUCCAGAGGGGGCUAUCCAGAUACCUGAAAACUACGAAAAAGACUCACUUUUUGUUUUCUCUGCGUUCAAACCACUGGAUUUCAAGUGGUUCCGGCAGAUGGUCUUCAAGGAGAAACUGAGGGGUACAGAGGGUUUUUGGAAGUCGGUGGCUCACUAUGUGCCUCGGGAGCCGGCCGAGAUGAGAAUCCUGAAUCCCUACUUCGUCCAGGAGGCUGCCUUCCAGUUCAUCGGCCUGCCCUUCAACAAUGGCCUCAUGGGCAAAGGGAACAUUCCAACUUUGGGAACAGUAGCUAUAACGAUGGCACUGCAUAACUGUGAUGAAGUGGCGGUUGCAGGUUUCGGCUAUGACAUGAACACUCCCCACGCCCCCAUGCACUACUAUGAGACUGUCAAGAUGUCCGCCAUUAAAGAGUCAUGGACACACAACAUACCCAAGGAGAAGGAGUUCCUCCGCAAACUGGUGAAGGCCAAUGUCAUCACAGACCUGACCAAUGGUAUCUGAGUUUACAACCCACCCACGGUUUCCCUCUGCCUUUCCCAAAGGACUACAAAACAGGAAACUGGGAAAUGGAUCGACCUGGGGAGAAAGAAUCUUUUGAAUCCGGGUGGCCUGCACACUGCCGGGGUUUUUAUAUCAAAGGAGAUUAUUUAAAAUAAAAAAAAGAUACAGGAGGGUUUCUGUGGAGAGAUGCACACAUGUGCCUUCUGAACCAAAGACUCCUGCUGAUUGAAGCGGGGGUGGCGAGGGGCCCUGGGGAGGACUGGAUCUGCCUGGUUCCUGUCUUAUCAUAAGGCAGUCGCAGAAAAGCUCCACCGGCUCCACGCUCUAACGUUUACCACUUCAAACACCCGAAUAUCACAUGAUUUAAUAGUAAGAGCAGAGGUGGCAUGUCGACAUGCAGAUUUCAGAUGAUGAAGGGACAGAAGAGAGAAGAGAGAGAAAUGAAAAGAGGACUGUCACAGAGAUUGUGUGGGGAUGGGUUGAGUAUUAGCAGUGCCAAACGUACCUCGUACAGGGGAGAGGUCGCCCGCCUCUCCUUUUGCUGCCUGAAUGUAUUCACUUUCCUCAGUGUAAAUAUCAAAGAUUUUUACUGUGCUUUUUAACAAGCUGCAGCAGCCCCCGCCCCGUCAACCCCACCCUGUCCCCCACCUGCCAUUUGUCCAUUCAUUCAUUCCUUUUUUUUACUACUGCUACUCUGUCCAGGGUCCAAACUAAACACUUGCCAGAUGACAGCAGAUAAAUCAGUGAGGUUCACCUGCCACACAGCCGGGUGUCACUUGAAGACACUAACAUUCAAGCGUUUAAUUACUUCAGUUUUUGAAGUUUUCUCUGUAAAGUCUCUGUAGAGGAAUUGUGUUACUGACUCAAACACCAGGUGCUUUUUACACUGACUCUGCACAGAGUGCGUUUUUCUGAUGUCUGAAUGGUUGGUCAUCCCUGUGUUGCUGCUCACAUCAAGUGACAGGCCACAAAAAACAAAACAUUAAAGACUAAUACAGAUAAAUUAUUUCAAAGAGUCAAUUGAGUUCAAGUUCAGUACAAUUAAAACUGUGUUUGGUGUUUUUAGUUACAAUUUUAUCUUUUAAGAUUCUCUACACUACACUGCAUUGAAAGCACACAUUACCACAGUUAAUUAUUUUGGUCAAUCUUUUGACAGGUUAACCAGCUCUGGCAGGUGAGCCCUGAAGAAAAAUUUGGACACUGCAUCUCUCUCCUUCUCCUCUCUGUCUUUUUGCAAAUCCUUCAUCCUCUUAGUUCAUUCAUGCCCCAUGGUACUGUUUUCAUCACUUCAGCUGUGAGCCUUCAGGCUGCAGCAGAGACAUACAGGUCAAGGAGAGCAGAGACUGUAUGUUGGUUCCCUUUCCCAACCUCCUGUUGCUGCAGACUUUCUUACUCUAUGGUAAAUGUUGAAAGCUCGGAUUGUAGAAUAUAAAUAUAUAUUUUUUUGUUUUUAGGUUAAUUUUAAUAAUUUAUUUUGUUACAAAGUCCCAAUGUUUUGCUCACAGGCAGGCCUGCUUUCCAUUGUUUUUGUUCAGAGUAGGGAUGUCACGAGAACCGAUACUUCGGUACCAAGUCCAUGUCAAAAUUCUGAAAAUCUGACGGUACUACUUGUUUUCUACACUACUGUAUGAACCAAAGGUACUGUAAAUGUCGUAGGUGCUGGAGAUGACUGACGAGAGCAGUACAAAAAACCCAAGUGUUCUAGUCUGACAACAAACUUCAGGAGAAGAAGGCAGGCUCUGUAAACUAUAGCGGCAUGUGGAAUAUACAGCAGGUAUGGGUACAGCAACAGGUCCCCCACCACUUGUGGGAAAUUUACACCAGGGCCAGAGCACGGAGAUAUUUUGUGUUUGACGCGGAUCAGCAGGGACAAGUUACAGACAACCUACAAUUGCGACAGCUGGCAUCUGUUGUAGCGACGCGCCACACACAAUGUUCCCAAAGCUAACGUUAGCUUGUUUAUGCUAAAGUAGCAACAGCUAAUAACAUGAGCUGGGUGCUCACACAAUUAUUAGGGUGCAGUCAUUAUUGUUUAGUCUGUUUUAAAAUAUAACACAGAUUUUUUUUUUUUAAUUAAUAUUUUCACACCAUGGGUCUGUUACGUGUUAACGAUUUUAACUGCUGCUUGCACACUGACUAUAUAGAGAUAUUUGCAUGUACGUGAGCACACUGUGUGUGCAGCAGCUUCUGUUUGCUGGUUUGGCGGUUUUUGCUGUGGUAUCAAAUUGGGUACCAAGAAUCCUGGAAUUUCAUUGGUAUUGGUACCGGCUACCAAAUGUCUGGUAUCGUGACAUCCCUAGUUCAGAGAAAACAAAAGUUUGAAUUUGUGUUUUGAUUUCACCACCAUGUGCUUCCUCAGAGACUGCAUCUUUUAAUUUAGUGGCAGAAGCAGUGUUGUGACUGAGUCUGUUUAGAACUGGCUUAGUGUUAAAUGUAAGCAGCCCUUUAUUUUUGUCUGUUGUGCAGUUUACAUAAACAUCAUUUCUUAAUCUAGGAGGUGGUAAUUGCCAGACUAACUUGUAAAUUAACAUCACAUGUGCUGAAGAUCUUGCCACAUGCUUUUCAGUAUUUAUAUACUGUGUUAACGUACAUUAGAAAGUGUUCAGUAUUAUACAAGCAAAGAGUUUGCUUCUCCUCCUCUUACUUCCCUCAUUUCCUUAUAAUUUAUAAUUAGUUAAUUAUCACAUUAAUGCGAAAAUCAGCUUUAUAUGGUGAUGGUGCAUUUUAAGUUCUUUUUUUCUUUUUUCUUUUUCUUUUUUUUUUUUAAAUUUAAACAAUUCAAACGGGGUUUUCACCUAUUUUCUGUUCCUACUUUUUCUGUGGAAGUGCAUAUUUACUGUACCUUGUACUCACAUACAGAUUCACUUCCAAUACUCUCAAUCAAUAAGCUGCUGUUGUUACUGUCCAUUACAUUUCUCCAUGAUUAAGUUUCCAGAAACACUGCUGGGAUCGUGCCACCGUGUUUUCUACCCAGUUCUUUCAGAGCAGUUCCAUUAGGUUUGAAGGAAUGGAUCAUCAUUUUGGAAAACUAGGCCCUGUUUGGAUAUUGUUGUUGUUUUUUUUUUCUAAGCAUAGUGUACAGGGAACAGUUGACCAUUGCACUAUCAUGAGGCGCUGUCAGUGCCUUACACCUCAUAACCUGGAAACUGUAGCGAGGAGUUUGACACAAGAAAGUAACAGCAGCUGAUUCAGUAUUUAGGGUCAGCUCCAGGUCAGGACAGGUCAAUAUCUUCACUCAUGUCAUCUGGGACCAGUUCAUUUCAUAUCUGUACUGUAUGUACAUUAUAUACAGUGUAGGAAGAUUUAAGCCCCACACUGGUGGCUCUGUAUGUUUUAGCCCAUAAACUACAUACUGUAUAUAUUCAUAUGUGUAUUAUAAAUGUUGGCUGCUAAAUGGUAACAAUUUAAUUCAAGAUUUGACCAGAUUCACUUUUCACUUCAUGUGUUAUUGCUUAUUGUUUGUCUGCAGCAUAGCUCAUCACUUCUUCAGUUUUUGGGAGCUGAAUAUAAAAGGGGCACUCUGCUGAUUUUACACAAGUUUACUACAGUUUAGUAAUCAUGAGCAGUUGUAUAAUAUUGUUCUAGGGGAAGUUUUCCAAAGUUUGAAAGAAAUAACCCUGAUGAUUUCAUCAAGGGAAGGUGUUUUUAGAAAUUAAUCCAUACUAUGGACUAAAACUCAGCCUCUGCUGCUCUGAGUAUGAUCAAUAUUUUUCUUUUUUAUCUGUCUUGUCACCUCCCAGCUUUAUGGAGGUGCAAUGAUAGAUCACUGGAGUACCGUUUCAACGCUUGAAUGUUGCAACAUCCUUGAAUGCACCAGCAAGGAGAGUUUGAAAGUGUUCCCUGCUGACUGCCACAGCACCAUAUCACAAUAACAUUGACAUAAAAUAAAGGCAACUUUCAUAGAUAAUGUAUCACAAACGAGUUAGACAAAACCAGUGACGGCUUGGAAGGCCGAUAAUAAAUCUAAAAUCUUUAUAGGUUGUCGUAGAAAUGGUUAUUAAUAAUGUAAAACAUGUGCAAUGUGUGCUCAGCAGGCUAAAACAUGCCAAGCCACCAGUAUGGUCUUUAAGGCUUUGAGACUAAGCAGAUCCUGAUUACAAGAGGACCCAUUUUUCUUUUUCUUUUGUUUUUUUUUUUCUUUUCACUUCAGUAGGUUCUGAAUUUUUGCGAAUGCUUGAGGAGUUCAAAUGGAUUGGACUCGAAUCGCGUCUUCUAAUAACCUUUUCAUAAUAAAGCAGAAUGUAUUAGCUCAACAUAUUUAUAAAAUUUUUGAUUGUUUUUUUUUUUGGUUUUUCAACAUCAUCAGUGGGAAGUCAAAGUGAUCAAUAGUAUUAUUGUUUUUAUAUAUAAAUAUAUAUAUAUAUAUAUAUAUAAAUGGCUUUCUGCAUCUCAAUAAAUCAGUUUGUAAUGGAUAUUUGCCUGUGCAUGUUUGCAUUGUUUGAUUCUGUGGAGCAACUGGAUAUAUUUUUCCCAACAGCUCAACAGUGAUUUUUCUUUUUGUAUUUGUUUUGUUGUAUAAACAUAUUUCUGUACACUGUGAAUUUUCAGUAUAUAUAGUAAAUAUUUUUGAUGUA